AUGGAUGUGCCACUAAAGCUGAGCAGGAAGAAGGGCCACACGGCCAAAUUCCUGCCGAGAAGGCAUCAAAAAAACCGCCGUGAUAAUAUCAUGGGGAUCACUAACAAAGCAUCUAAAACAGCCAAACCAGCUAUCCGUCGCCUGGCACGCCGAGGUGGCGUGGUACGAAUACAGAAAGCCAUAUACAAGACCGUGCGAGAGAUUGUUGUAUCUCGCCUUGAGACCAUACUCGAGCAAGUUGUCAUGCUACUGGAAUCCACUGACACGUCUCGCAAGGCUCGAAAGACAGUAACGACUUCAGAUAUUGUCUUUGUCCUAAAGAGGCUUGGGACGACCGUCUACGGCUUUGACAACCUCUAG